GUUUAAGAGUAAAGCGAUCAUGGGUUCUUCUUCUAGAAAUCUCUAUGCAGAAAUUGGAGAAGGUCAAUCAACCUCUAGGCCACCACUCUUUGAUGGCACCAACUACUCUUAUUGGAAGGAACGGAUGAGAAUCUAUAUUCGUUCCACCAACUUCCAAUUGUGGUUGGUGAUCAAAAAUGGCGAAGAAAUCCCUAUGAAAAAAGUGGGAGAAACCACGGUCCCAAAGACCGAAAACGAAUUUGAUGCCGAGGACAUCAAGAAGAUUGAAAACUAUGCAAAGGCCAUCAACAUGCUAUAUUGCGCGGUCAACCCCGAUGACUACCGAAAGAUCUCCUGUUGCACAACUGCCAAGGAGAUGUGGGACAAGCUUAAAGUGACGUACGAAGAUCAUCAUGCUCUCAAAAAGACCUACACCAACAAGGAUCUUGUGAGGAAAAUCCUGCGGAGUCUCACACCCAAAUGGAGGUCAAAAGCCGAUGCAAUCUACGAAUCCAUCGGAGUCUCCAACGUCACCAUCGACGGGCUAAGAGGUAAUCUUAAAACCUAUGAAUCUACUAUUCUUACCCCGUCUUUGGAUGAACAAAAGAAAAAGGGGAUAGCUCUCAAAGCCACCAAGGAGCCGGUGGAAGAGGCUUCAAGCGAUGACGACAAUGAAUUCGGGCUCGUCAUCAAGAAGUUCCACAAGUUCAUGAAGAAGGAGUUUGAGCGAAAGGGAAGGAAGCACGACGGUCCUCCCAAGUGUUACGGCUGUGGCGAGAUUGGCCACAUCAAGCCAAGGUGUCCAAAAGCCAAACACGGCAAGGAUAAGCCUGGCUUCAAGAAGCAAAGGGCCUACAUCUCUUGGGGUGGCGAUUCCGGCGACGAAUCAACCGACCAAGAGGAGGACGAAGCUGCAAAUCUCUGCCUCAUGGCGCACGAAGAUCAAAGCAACGACGUCCAAGAGGAAGGAAUAGGUUUUGAUAAAAAUAAAGCUAAAGAUAAUGUUGAGCCACCACCUAGACAAUCAUCUAAGGUUCAAUAUAAGAAACCUAAAAAUCAAGAUAAUGAAGAUGUCAUUCUGAAGCUGGAUAAUGAAGAUGUCAUUGUGAAGCUGGAUAUGAUGAAGGCCUAUGAUCGGGUCUCUUGGGCUGCUACCUCCGGGAAAUCAAAGUCUAAAUCCCGGGCACCGUCCACAAACUCCGAGGAGCGCCUCUACUAUGGCGAUGGGUCAUACUUCUGGUUUGAUUCCGAGGAGGAGCGCACCCGUUUCCUCACCUUCUUCUCUAAACGGGUUGUGGCUCCCCCACGAAUCAUUCCAGAGCGCUACCCAGAGCUGCAGGGCUACGACGACCUUGACGCGCAGCUUCAUCAAGCCGGCCUUUGGCCGUUCGUCUCCCGGGCUCGAAAGGAGAUCAACCCGGCGCUGAUCCGGGCCUUCUACUCCAACCUCCGGCGUGAGGACGACGUGCUCUAUUCGCUCGUCAAGAGCACGCCGAUCGAGCUCACCGUGGAGCAGCUUGGGCGCAUCGCCAGCCUCCCCUUCCAAGGCGACGAUGUGUCUCACUAUGGUGGAGAGGAUUGGGUGCUCAACAACGAGGGCCUUAUCCUCAACGAGCUUGGCAUCACCGAGCUCAAACGCCAUGCCUCGGGCCGCCCAACCAUCCACUCCGCCAACCCCGAAGGCCGCCUCGUCCUCUACAUCGUCACCCGGAUCAUCAAACCCAGGAAGCACGGCCACACCAUCAUGCACGGUGAAGACCUCAAGCUUAUCCAUGCGAUCAUGCAUUCGGCCCCAAUCAAUUGGGCAAAGUUUGUCAUGAUCAACAUGACGAUUGCCGCGUCCACCGAGCACGACCACCUCCUCCCAUACCCGUUUUUGGUGAUGGACAUCCUUGAACGGUUCAAGGCCCGGGCCAACCUCGCCUCCAUCGCCGACUCCCUCAACCGGCUCCACCUCAAGGUUGACGGGAUGGGGAGCUAUCUUGAACGGCUCGACGUGGCUGUUCAACGCCAAGGAUACGCGAUGAACUCAUACUUCCAAGGCAUCAACUACGUCCCCCCACCGUACCACGGCACGUUCCUUGGGCAAGUGUAUGGUGACGAGGACGAAGCCGAUGACUCCUACGCCCGGUCAAGCUCCCCGAAUGAAGACGAGUUCGACAAUGCCGUUGAUGGUGAUGAGAUGGACGUCGAUGACGACGAGGAAGAAACCGAAGACGAAGCCUAGGACUCCCCUAGCAUUUCUUUCUUUUCUUUCGAUUAUCCUGUUUUUCAUGCUUCCGUUGUACUCCGCUAUUUCCAUUUAGUCAAUAAAAGUAUCUUUUAUCUUUUUGUUAAUGUCAAAAGGGGGAAGAAAAGGGCUAUGCAUAU